AUGGCAGAUGGAUUUGGCUAUGGAAGUUCCUCUGGUGUACCUUACCCGUUUUGGCUUUCUCAUCCGUCGCAACAGCCUCCAGCUUCUGCACCGCCGUUUCUAGCAAACCCUCCGGUUGAAUCCUAUGAUCCAACCCAAGGAGGGUUUGAUCCGAUGAUUUCUCAUGGCUCUUACCAGCGAUCGCCGGUUGAUUGGUCGAAUAACCCAUCGUAUCGUGAAAAUUCUCGAUCGCAGACACCUUCUUCGUCGUUUUACGCUGACAAUAGUCGACCACCUGGAAAUUGUGGUCCUAGGGGUGAUGAUUCUUAUAAAGACAUGUUCGGACAGGGUGGGUUUAACUCGUCAAGGGAAUCAUCAUCUGAUUUUGUGCCAUUUCCUACCGAGAAUUUCUCAGAGAGGCAACGUUUGAACUUUGUGCCUACCUAUAACUCAGCUACCUCGGCUCCAGCGUCUUCUUUAGCUGAGAUGCUAAUCAGACAUUCUCAGGAACCAUACUUUAAGCGUAUCGCGUCUCCUGGCGUUUGUGCUUCUAGCAAUGCUCUUGAUGAGAAACAUCCUGGGAAUUACCAUCCUGGCUAUGAUAAACCUGGAAAUAUGAAUGUUGUCCCUGGUCCUCCUGUGACGCCUUACAUAUCUGUUACAGAUAGUAUUCCGUCUUUGCCAAUGCCAAGCUUGAAAACACAAGCUCUCUUUGAUGGUAGUCAGACUGGAAUUCAUUUAGGAGAUGGAAGAUCGUUCCCGAGCAACAGUGGUGUUUCUAGUUAUGCGCCCGAGAAUUCUAUGGGAGUUCAAUCCAAUUUGCGUGGUUCUUCUGUCGAACCAGUUAACUUUGAUGUGUUGCUUGGAUAUGGUGAAGCCACUGGUCAUAUCAAGCCUUUAUCUGAGAAUCCAGAUUUUUGCUAUCGGAUAGUUGACUCGCCAGGUUCGACAAGUCCCCGAUCUUCCCACCCGCUACAGUUUAAUAUCAACUCCUCGGGUCCAGUAUCUAAGGAUAAUGUAGAAGGUAGUGGUGUCUCUUCCCUUUAUCAAAGGCCAAAUACUUUGAUUGCUGACAAUGAGAAUGGUAUUUCUGAAAGCUCCUUGAAGAAUGCGAUUGGAAAUUCAAAUUGUUAUGAGCCUAGCUGUUGGACUCACUUCAUGGUAUCUUCUGAAGGACCUGCAUCUCCCACUACGUUUUCUAUGGGAAGUGAGCCAUGUGGUGCAAUGAAAGCGGAUAGUGGGAAUGCUCAGUUUGCUGUCAACGAUAAAUCCCCUUUCGAAGGUAGUGCUAAUCAACCUAGUGAAGAUGUUCAAAUCAACGAAAAGCCAUGUGAGCUCCAGGAACAAAUGUUUGAUAUAAUAAAUAGAGAUAAGAAGACCACGUUCUUGACAGAUCUGGGUAUCAAAGAGAGUAGUAGAUCGAAUGCAGAUGAUGUCUCAACUGACCGAUCACCUGAAAGGCAUUUAUGUGAUCAAGGAGAUUUCCCAUCUGCGACUUCUUCUCCAAGAGUUUCUUCCGUGGUUAAUGCUAUGCAUAAUCUGUCAGAAGUGCUUGUUUAUGAAUGCUUCAACAAUGGAAGCUGGCUGAAGCUGGAACAACUUGAGAACCUUGAUAAAGUAGUAGACAAUCUCACUAAGUGCUUAAAGAAAAUCACCGGUAAUAAGACAAUAGCAGGGGAAGCAUCACUUCCAAGUCAGGCUACGCGUGUUUCUAGUCCAAACAUGGUUAAUCUUAAUGAGGCCCCAAAGGUAGUUGCUCAAGACUUUCAGGAGUUUAACGUGAAGCCAAUAGACAGCUUUGGCUUCAAAGAGUCGGUGGAUAAGAAUGAGAUGACCCAGAGUAUUAAGAACAUACUUGCUUCCAACUUUCCUGAUGGGGAAGAAAACCACCCACAAACUCUCUUGUACAAGAAUCUCUGGCUCGAAACUGAAGCUGCCUUAUGCUCCACAACUUGCAUGGCUCGAUAUCAUCGGAUCAAGAACGAGAUUGAUAAUCUCAAACUGCAGAAUGAAGAGAUCUCUGCAGAUGCAUCAACCUUUAUGCAGGAACCUGUACUUAACCCCCAGAAAUCGGUUGCCAUCAUGAACAAUGUGGAGCAAGGGACACCUGAAUCGAUCAUCAAACAGAGAAGCAAUUGUGGGAACAAUGUAAUGAGAAUGAGUCAUGAUACACCACAAAGCUCGAGAUUCAACUCAGAUCCCGUGGAUGCAGUAUUAUCGCUUAUUUCCAGAAGCUUUACGGGUGGUUUAGAACAGAAAAAUCAUGGAAACUUUCCUGAUGCUGCAACCUCUGGAAAGAUACCGGACACAAGACCGCAGGAAUCCCCUGCAUCCACCAUUGAGGACAAACAUAAUGGUGUUAUAGACAGGUUUCAGAUUCUGAAGCAUCAGGAAACAAAGCGCAAACUUAAGUCUCAAAACUGCCCAGGUUCAGACAUUGAUGUUAUAGACCGGUUUCAGAUACUGAAGAAUCAGGAAACAAAUCGCAAACUCAAGACUCAAAACUUCCCAGAGACAAAAAUGGGUGACCAGGAGGACAAUCCAGAAGCUUCAGAUACGGUUAAUACUGGCAGAAGCAGCCAUGUGAGUAAUGUUAUGGAUAGGUUCCAAAUACUGAAACGCCGGGAAGCUGAACAAGUGCAGAAAACUCUCAACAGCUUGGAUUUAGAUUCAGAUUCUGACAAUGACCAGCCAAAAGCACAAAUGCGUAAUCAUCAUUUCUGGUCAGCCUCGAUGAUGACAAGACAUGGAAAUCCUCAGAUCGAGGCACGCGUCGAUGAUGAACCCUCUGCAUCUGGCAAAGGCUACGAGAGCCCGGCCUCGGAUUGGGAACAUGUCCGCAAGGAUGAUUGA